AUGGAAGAUCCUAAGGGCAGUAAUAACUCCUUGGUGACUGAGUUUGUUCUACUUGGUUUUUCUAACAGACCUGACCUGAAGAUAUUUUUAUUUAUGAUGUUCCUUAUUGUUUAUGUAACUUCUAUCUUGGGAAAUACCGGUAUAAUACUUAUUGUAUUUAGCAAUACCCGUUUUCAUACUCCUAUGUACUUUUUCAUCAGCAACCUUUCCUUCAUAGACCUUCUAUACUCAUCAAACAUUGCUCCAAAGAUGCUUGCUGGCAUACUUUUUGGUCAAAAAAACAUCUCCUACAUUGGCUGUGCAAUACAGCUUUUCUUUUUCUGUGCUCUUGGAAGUACUGAAUGUAUCCUAUUUGCAAUUAUGGCUUUUGACCGAUAUGUGGCAAUCUGUAACCCAUUAAGCUAUAAUUUAGUAAUGCAGCAGAAGAUGUGUCUGCAGCUGGUAUGUGGAGCUUUUACAGCCGGUUUGCUGCAUUCUGUGAUUGAGACAUGCCUCACCUUUCAUCUGUCCUUUUGUGUCUCUAAUGUUCUUCAUCAUUUUGCUUGUGAUUUUCCUCCACUGUUAAGCAUUUCUUGCAGUGACACUACUAUUAAUGAAAUUGUUUUGUUUUUUUUGUCCUCUUCACUCACCAUGCCUUCUGUUGUGGUCAUUCUUGGGUCCUAUAUUUCUAUUUUAUUAGCCAUUUUAAAAAUAACUGGUAAGGGAGAAAGACAAAAAGCUUUUUCUACCUGUGCCUCACACAUUACAGCUGUGACUUUACUUUACACCACUGUCCUUUAUGUGUAUUUCAGUCCCAAAUCCUCAGCUUCCAGGGAUAAUGUAAAUAUAGCUACUGUAUUUUAUACAGUGGUACUGCCCAUGCUAAAUCCAAUUAUUUAUAGCAUGAGGAACGAAGAUAUAAAAAGUGUGCUAAAAGCAACAUUACUAGGGAAAUGUUGCAGAACAUCAUGUGGGAUGUAA